AAACGUAACUCUGUCACGAGUCUGUAGGCAGCCUGCGAGGUUUGAAUAGGGAAGUUUACUGAGCGCACAUCUCGCUUCGAGUUCAGUGUUUGCAAAUACAGUGAUCUCAGCGACGGAGGACCUAGAGGACUUUUGAGUGAGAUACACUUCACUGCCGUUGCAUGUGCACUCACCAGGAUACUCUUCUGUCAAGACAGCGGCCGUUGUCAUCUUGAUUCCAGACAGAGAUUUAAUUUGUUAGGUGAUAUUUAGCCUAGACACUUUUGGGAUUUAAAAUGGAUGUUCUACCAAUGUGCAGCAUUUUCCAGGAGCUUCAAAUUGUUCAUGACACUGGUUAUUUCUCGGCAUUGCCAUCCCUUGAGGAAUAUUGGCAGCAGACAUGCUUGGAGUUUGAACGCUACCUGCAGAGUGAGCCUUACGUCUCGGCAUCUGACCUCAAGUUUGAGGGUCAGGAGGACCUGUGGAGCAAGUUAAUCCUGGCCUGCGGGGACAAGAGCGAAACUGGUCCUACCAUCCCCCACCUCCCGGAGGAUGACAAUCAGGACGGCCACCUCUCAGAGACCAACAGCCUGAACUCGGACGCCAGCAGCGAGGCCUCAGACAGCUCCGAGGAGCUCUCGCCCACACACAGCUUCGCCUCCAACCCGCUGGGCUCAGCCAUGACUGGCUCGGGGCACCUCAGCUCCUCGGUCAUCAGCACGCCGCCAUCCUCGCCAGAGGCCGCGCACGAGCUCUGCAGUAGCAUUGCCACCUGGGGGGUGGCACAGACUGAGCUGCACGUGCCCGCGAAGGCACGGGGCAGCAUGGGCAAGAGCUCGGAGAAGAUGGGCAGCCCCAGCGGAGAGGACGCCUCUCCGGACGGGAGGAGGAGGGUGCACCGCUGCCACUUCAAUGGCUGCCGCAAGGUGUACACAAAGAGCUCCCACCUAAAAGCACAUCAGCGCACCCACACAGGUGAGAAGCCUUACAGGUGUUCAUGGGAGGGUUGUGAAUGGCGCUUUGCACGUAGCGAUGAGCUGACACGUCACUUCAGGAAGCACACUGGUGCCAAGCCAUUUAAAUGCAGUCACUGUGACAGGUGUUUUUCCAGGUCCGACCACCUGGCCCUGCACAUGAAGAGGCAUCUCUGAGCAGUUUAGUGAGCUGAACAGUAAGCCAGGGGAGAACAGCUGAACUAGUGUCUCCUGACCGGCCGCGCGGUUGACCUGCCCCUACCAUGAGGAAGGAAAAGCGAGGGGAGAGAAAGCGUGAUCCAGCCAAAGCAUGCCAUUUUGCACCUUAACCAGUGCCUCCGGGGGCUCUCUUGGAGAAGGCGUUUCUGAACGGUGGUUGAAAAGAAGAACGGGACAAACAAGGAGGACAAAAUCAUGUACUGAAGGAGAGGAAAUGUGCAGGACGUUUUCAAGGAGAGAGAGAGAGAGAGAGAGAGAGAGAGAAAAAUGAAAACAUAAAAAAAGACCAAAAAAAUUGUGAGUGAGUGAUGUGUACGUAUGGUGCAUGAUGUUUGCGGAGGACUCCUGGACAACCGAUUAAAAAAAACGCUGGUAUUAAAAACAAACACAAACAAAACAAACAAAAAAAAUCCAUGAGUGAAGUGAGCAUGUGCGCUGAGUGUUCCUGCGGGACUGUCCUGUGUGUGCAGAGGGGGGAGGGCUUCCAGGGGGGUCGCUGUGGACUGACGAGUGGUGGUGUGUUUUUUUACGGGGAAACAAGUUCCGGUUUUGUUUCCCUGUUGUCUCCAGAGAGGCGAGUGAGAGAGAGUGUAUGUGCCUGUCAAAGAAUGAGUACUAAGGUUUCUUGCCAAACUCCCCCUAGGGUGUGGGGUGUCCUAUAGAGGAGAUAGUGUGGGAGUUCAGUUUCGGGGAAGAAUGCCCCCCCGCCCCCACACACACACACACAAACACCCAUACAAAAGGGGGAGGUAGAAACCUAGUUCUGAAUGAUCGAGGCUUUUUUGGUGUUUGGUGCAGCUACUAAAUGUGCAAUGUGUUAUGUAGCUUGUCUUUACAAGCUGCAAAAGCUCAUUUGUAGUCCAUUGUAUAAGCUGUGUGCUUAGAAAUAUUACACAACUAUUAUUUCAGUAUAACAGACAGGUGUUGCAUGGUUCUUGGGGUUUUAAUUUCUACUCUUACCCUGUUGUUUGUUAUCAGGACUGCAAAAUAGAUUCCAAUAAAGUGCAGCUAAAGAUAAACGGUUAAAUGUUACAAUGUUGUACAUAUGAAAAGCGUUUGAUGACUUCUCCUUUUUGACUUUCAAAAACCUUUCCCACAACUACGCACCCAUCUUGCUUAUUUUGGAGAAACCACUAUUGCUUAGCAACCAUCUCAUUCAUGAAGCUUUUCCCACUUAUCCAUGUCUUCAGGACUAAUUUUUUUUUUCUUUUUUUUUUUAACUGUUAAUGCACUGUUGGCCUUAAUGGUGCCUUAUGUGAGUGACCUAGCCCAAUGGAAGCGGUGUGAGCUUGUAGAGGGGGGUGGGAGAAGAAGAGUGUUGGAGAUGGUUACAUCUAUGUUUGUAUGAGUGAUUUUAAAUGCUUUAUUAAGGCUCAAUUUCACAUGAACAUGCACCUUUGCCUUGUCUGUACUGGCGAGUAUCUUACAAAACCCAUAUGGGUUUUGAAUGCAUUGUUUUUAUGUUUUGGCAUCUAGAUGUUUUCUAUUCAUUUCUAGUAAUUUCUUGACCCAGCAACAUAAAUUCAAUCAACAAAAAAAGUCAAAAGAGAUGUGUUAAACAUGCUUCAGUCAUCAUAAAAAGCACUUAAACAUGCCUAUUUGAAUUGUAUUUACUACCAUGUAGUAUCUACUUAAUGUACUGUAUUACAUGUGUCUUUUUUUUUUUCUUUGAAAAAACACAUUAAGUGUGUAGGUAAAUUGCUUUGACUGGUACCAACCCUCCCUUGUUUCUGUAUUAGUAAAGUCAUAGACUGGGCUAUUGCAUAACAUUGGCGCGUAGAGUCUAUUACUCUGUUAACAGCAGCACCCUGAACGUGUAUGUUGGCAUCCCUGUUAAAGGUUGAGGCCACAUUCCCCUAUUAGCAAGACAGACAAAAAACCCAACAAAAAUGCAAAAGAUUUAUUGUAAUUAACAAGCCCCAGCCGGAUAGACCCUGCCUUGUACUGCAUUUGGGUAAUGAAUGGCUGAAGGCAGAACUGGCAUGGAGUGCAGUACAGACUGCUGACUCUGGAUGUUGGGUAUUGACCUGUCUGGAUGGCGUGCUUUCAGCCUCAGCCGACAGUAUUAUGGAAACAGUGAACAGGGAUCCAGAAAGAUAAAGAUGAAUCACCCUGCCCAUUUGAACUGCCACAAUGGAAAAUGUACAGACAUCAAAUCGAAAAUCUGUGCAAAUGCAGCUCAACAGUUCAUCACUGUUGCUAGUAAGCGUCUUAUAGAUUUUUUUAAACCUUUGAUAAAUGUAUUUUUUCUCACAGGGAAAGGGACCAAAAGCUUAAUAAUCAGUGUAAAUAAAUGCCGUUAAACAUAACAUGUAAAACUUAUGUACAGACAAAGACUUUAGACAGUAGGGAUUGGCUUUAAGACUCAUCACAAGUCAGUCUUUUAUGUGUUAUCAGGGGCAUGCCAUGCUUUGUCGAGGGGAGUGGAAUGUUGCAGCAGGUUCAGAUGGAUUUUAGAUCAAGUUUUAUCGAGAGGAUAAGUACAAACUUGAGGAGGCUUGCUGCAAUAAAAUUAGAGUGGCAAGGAUUCAGAGGGCAAAGAAAAGAACAUCCUGUCUUAGAAGACAGCAGCCAAUAUCAUUCAGGUGACAAUCGAGCCUUAAUCUAGCCUCAUGUUUGCUUGCGAUAUAACUCUUUCUAUCACUAAUUCUUUCUUUCACAAUCCCCUGUUGUCUAAAUAAUCUUUGUAAAAGAGGAAAAAAAUACAAAAAACUUUUUGUAAGAUUUUUUUCUUUGUUUUGCUUUAUAAAAUUUUAUUUGAAAUUGUUUUGCAAAAUUGUUAUAUUUCUGUAUGAAUGUAUUUUUUAUUGGAAUAAUAAGAAGUUCUUAUCAGA